AUGCCGUCAAUCGCAGAAGAAGGAAUCAGAAUCGCUAUUGACCGGGGUGGGACAUUUUGCGACUUCUGGGCUCACCUGCCAGGUCAAAAAGAUGAUAUUGUCUUCAAACUGCUGUCCGUUUGCCCAGGUGAGUACGACGAUGCGCCGACAGAAGGAAUCAGACAGAUCCUGGAACGGGCGACGGGAAAGUCCAUUCCCAGGGGCACCCUGCUGGAUAUCACCCCAGUCGAGAGUAUUCGCAUGGGCACCACAGUAGCCACCAAUGCGCUGCUGGAACGGAAAGGCGAAAGAACAGCUUUGUUGAUCACCAAGGGCUUCCGUGAUCUUCUACUCAUCGGCAACCAAUCACGCCCAAAACUGUUCGACCUCGCGGUACGGAAACUGGACAAGCUCUACGAGACAGUCGUUGAAGUCGAUGAGCGAGUCACUGUUGAGGGGUUCUCAGAGGACCCCGAGCCUCAACCGAUCGAUGUGGAAAGCGAUCCAGCAUUGAUCAAGGGCUUGACGGGUGAACCCCUACGCAUCCUCAAGAAACCAGAUCUGGAGCUUGUGAAAGCUAGCCUCAAGCAAGUAUGGGACGACGGAUACCGCAGUUUGGCUGUCGCUCUCAUGCACUCUUACAACUACCCAGACCACGAGCUAGCGAUCGGUGAGGUCGCUCGAGAGAUGGGCUUCAAGGUCUCUCUCUCCUCGCAACUCCAGAGCAUGAUCAAGAUAGUGCCUCGAGCGCAAUCUUCAGUCGCCGACGCCUACCUAACACCCAUCACCGCCAACUACCUCGACCAGUUCAGAAAGGGGUUCAAGGGAGAACUCAGCGACGAGAGCUCCAACAAGCUCCUGCUGUCACAGUCACAUGGCGGUUUGGUCAAGUACACGGAGUUCAGCGGUCUGAGCGCCAUCCUUUCCGGACCUGCUGGCGGUGUCGUCGGAUAUGCGAAGACCUGCUACGACCCGUCCGAGGGAACUCCCGUCCUGGGUUUCGACAUGGGAGGUACGAGUACGGACGUCUCUCGAUACGGUGGUGCUUUGGAGCACGUCUUUGAGAGUACCACGGCCGAAGUCUCGAUACAGAGCCCGCAGCUCGACGUGAACACUGUGGCCGCAGGUGGUGGUUCGAUAUUGUUCUGGAGCAACGGCCUCUUCAAGGUCGGACCAGAGUCAGCCGGCGCAUUCCCGGGCCCAGCCUGCUACGGCAAUGGCGGACCAUUGACUAUCACAGACGCCAACUGUUUCUUGGGUCGCAUCCUACCCGACAGCUUCCCGCGCAAACUCGACCUCGACAAAGUCAAGAAGGAGUUCCUGAAGCUCACGGACAUGGUCAACGCAGAGAAGCACGGCGAUGACCGUCUCACUUCAGAAGAGGUGGCCAUGGGUUUCAUCGAGGUCGCCAACGCGACAAUGGCGAGACCCAUCCGCACUCUGAGUGAAGGCAGGGGAUUCGAGACGGGCGCACACAACCUUGCAUGCUUUGGGGGCGCUGGUGGCCAGCACGCGGUCGCGAUCGCGCGCGAUCUGGGCAUUCGACGUGUCCUGAUCCAUCGGCUGUCCAGUAUUCUCUCGGCCUUCGGUAUGGCUCUGGCAGACAUCGUAGUUGAGAAGCAGGAACCAGAGUCCACGGCGUACGAUGCCGAGUCCAGCGCUCGCAUUGACGAGCGCUUCAAGUCAAUGUCAGCCAAAGCCACCACGGAACUGGAAGCGCAGGGCAUCCCGUCGCAUCGUGUCGAACACGAGUGUUUCCUCAACAUGCGAUACAAGGGUAGCGACACUGCGCUCAUGAUCGCGAAGCCAGAAAACGGCGACUUUGCUACUGCGUUCGGAGAGCGCCACCAUCGGGAGUUCGGCUUCAGCCAACCGCGCGACAUUCUGGUCGACGAUGUCCGUGUUCGCAGUGUUGGCAAGGCGAUGGAUGUGCCCAUCUCCAGCGCCUUUGACCAGCUCGACGAUGCUGACAAUUUUCCCGUCAUUGAGUCCUCGGCCGCAAAAUCGAGUCAGAAGAUCUACUUCCAAACCUCCGGCUGGACUGACACGGCUAUCUUCCACAUCAACGACAUUCCCAAGAAGUCGAGGAUACGGGGUCCUGCAGUCGCCGUUGAUGCUACUCAGACCAUCAUCAUUGAGGAGGAUGCUGAGGCGCUUGUGUUGGAUGAGCAUAUAGUCCUCGACCUUGUCAGGACGAAACACAAGGCCAUCGGGACUGAGGAGAUCGACCCCAUCCAGCUUUCAGUCUUUGGACAUCGAUUCAUGUCUGUCGCAGAACAGAUGGGCAGAACUCUGCAGAAGACAUCAAUCUCCACGAACAUCAAGGAGCGUCUCGACUACUCCUGCGCUAUAUUCUCGGCUGAUGGCGGGCUUGUCGCCAACGCUCCGCACAUUCCCGGCCACUUGGGCUCCAUGAGCACAGCGAUCAGGUAUCAGGCCGACAAGUACGCGCCAAAUGGACUCAAGCCUGGUGAUGUGGUCCUCUCGAACCACCCCUGCUCAGGCGGAACCCAUCUGCCGGAUCUGACUGUCACGACGCCUGUGUUCAAUGACAACGAGAACCCAACGGAAAUCCUGUUCUUCGCUGCCAACCGAGGUCACCACGCAGACAUCGGUGGCAUACUGGCUGGUUCCAUGCCUCCCAACUCGACCGAGUUGUGGCAAGAAGGCGCGGCGAUUGAGUCCUUCAAAAUGGUCAAAGAGGGCGUCUUUGAUGAAGAGGGUCUCAUCGAGGAGCUGUACGUCAAGCCGGGUCAGCACCCUGGCUGCAGCGGCACAAGAACCCUGAAGGACAACAUUGCCGACUUGAAGGCCUCAGUUGCUGCCAACAACCGUGGUAUCCACCUGAUCCAGGCGCUCGUGAAGGAGUACACUUGGCCCGUCGUCAAAUUCUACAUGCAAGCCAUCCAGAAGAACGCGGAGGAGAGUGUGCGGACCCUACUCAAGGGCUUCAGCAAGCGUUUCAAGGGACACUCGCUCAAGGCGGUCGAUCACCUAGAUGACGGAACUCCAUUGGCCCUCACAGUCACCAUCAACGGAGAAGACGGAUCAGCCAAGUUCGACUUCACAGGCACUGGCCCCGAAGCCUUCAACAACCUCAACACCCCAUCCGCAGUCAUGUUCUCGGGCAUCAUCUACUGCCUGCGCUGCAUGGUCUCAUCCGAGAUCCCCCUGAACCAGGGCUGCCUAGCCCCCAUCGAAGUCUACUGCCCGCCCAACACCAUCCUCUCCCCCAGUCUCAAGGCAGCGACCGUCGGCUCCAACGUCGAGACUUCCCAGCGCAUCGUCGAUCUGAUCUUCAAGGCGUUCCGCGCCGCGGCGGCUAGCCAGGGCACGUGCAACAACCUGACCUUCGGCUACGGCGGCACCGACGAUAACGGCAACAUCACCAAGGGCUUCGGGUACUACGAGACCAUCGCCGGCGGCGCUGGAGCCGGUCCGACCUGGGACGGGCAGUCGGGUGUCCACACGAACAUCACCAACACGCGCAUCACUGACCCGGAGGUGUUUGAGAAGCGCUAUCCCGUGAUCCUGCGCGAAUUCUCCAUCCGCAAGGGCAGCGGUGGCGCGGGACGCAGACGCGGCGGCGACGGCUGCGUGAGAGACAUCGAACUGCGGCUGCCCAUGCAGGUCAGCAUCCUGUCGGAGCGGCGCGUGAUACCGCCCUACGGCAUGGCCGGGGGCGGCGAGGGCGGCCGGGGCGUCAACCUCUGGAUCCGCACGGAUCCCGAGGACGGGUUCACGCGGACGAUCAGUCUGGGCGGCAGGGCCACGACGAUGAUGAAUGUCGGCGAUCGCGUCAUCAUCCAGACGCCUGGCGGCGGCGGGUACGGCGUCGACCCGGACGCGGAGAAGGAGUUUAUCCCCGAGGAGGAGCUGCAACAGCAGCAGAGCGCGACGAAUGGGUCGUCUAAUGGGUAUAAGGCUAGUGCGGUGUUCAGGGCGAACGGCAGUGUUAGCGAGAGGGAUGCUAUGGGGUCGUCGCAAUGA